AUGUUUCAGAGACUUUCACGGGCAUUUUUAUCAGUAAGACAUUUAAACAGUAGAAAAUACCUUUUGCUAGACGCUUACAGUGCAUAUCGACAACCGGUAAAUUUGUUUCAACGAACCUUUUCUUCCAAUAUGUCUGCAGUCGAAAAUGUGUGCUCCAUGCUAGCUAGAUUAUCCAUUCAAGAGCCUAAAAGAAUUGAGGGAUCUCAUCCUGAUGUUAAUGUGAUUGAUUUGAUGAGAAAUUAUAUCUCGCAAGAAUUAUCAACUAUAUCCGGUGUUUGUUCAUCUUUGAUUUAUGAGGCUUUAGAGUGGACCAACACUUUAGACAGAGGGGAUUUGUUGAUUCCAGUGCCUAGAUUGAGAAUUAAGGGGUCUAAUCCAAAUGAUUUGGCUUCUGAAUGGGCUUCUAAUUUCCCAUGCGGUGAAUUUUUGGAUAAAGUGGAGGCCAGUGGUUCUUUUAUCAAGUUUUUUUUCAAGCCAGAGUUCUUAUUUAAGUUUGUCAUACCUGAUGUUUUGAAUAGAGGAGAAGAUUAUGGAGCUUGUAAGUUAGUUGAAAAUAAGAGGGUUAUCAUUGAGUUUUCUUCUCCAAACAUUGCGAAGCCGUUUCAUGCCGGUCAUUUGAGAUCGACGAUCAUUGGCGGGUUUUUGUCUAAUUUAUACGAGAAAUUAGGUUGGGAUGUCAUUAGAAUGAAUUACUUGGGUGACUGGGGGAAACAAUUUGGGUUGCUUGCUGUUGGCUUUGAGAGAUAUGGUGACGAGGAGGCACUACAGAAUGACCCAAUUAGACAUCUAUUUGAUGUAUACGUUCGUAUUAAUAAGGAUGUUGCAUCAGAAGGUGACUCAAAGGCCGAUGGUGAGUCCACCAAUGAAAGAGCGCGCGUUUACUUCAAGAAGAUGGAGGAUGGGGAUGAAAACGCUUUAAAAAUCUGGAAACGCUUCCGUGACUUGUCUAUUAAAAAAUACGUAGACACAUAUGCCCGUUUGAAUAUCAAAUAUGAUGUCUACUCCGGCGAAUCCCAAGUAAACAAAAAGUCUAUGGAUAAAGCUUUAGAGCUUUUUAAAGAAAAGGGCCUAACCCACGAGGAUAAGGGUGCUGUUUUGAUCGACCUAACCAAGUUCAAAAAGAAGCUAGGAAAAGUCAUUGUACAGAAAUCAGACGGUACUACUUUAUACUUGACAAGAGACGUCGGAGCUGCUAUAGACCGUUACGAAAAGUAUAAAUUCGAUAAAAUGAUCUACGUAAUUGCUUCGCAACAAGAUCUACACACCGCUCAAUUCUUUGAAAUUUUGAAGCAGAUGGGCUUCGAAUGGGCCAACAAUUUGCAACAUGUCAACUUCGGCAUGGUUCAAGGCAUGUCGACCAGGAAAGGCACUGUAGUAUUCCUAGACAAUAUUCUUGAAGAAACAAAGGAAAACAUGCACGAAGUUAUGAGAAAAAACGAAACCAAGUAUGCUCAAGUCGAGAACCCUGACCAAGUCGCAGACUUGGUUGGCAUUUCCUCCGUCAUGAUUCAAGAUAUGCAAGCUAAAAGAAUCAAUAACUACGAAUUCAAAUGGGAAAGAAUGCUUUCAUUCGAAGGCGACACGGGCCCAUACUUGCAGUACGCUCACUCAAGAUUGAGGUCCGUCGCAAGAAACGCAUCUGACAUUACCCCUGACGAAUGGCCCUCCGCUGACUUCUCCCUUCUAGUAGAACCUGCCGCAAGCACCCUAGUUCGCAUACUAGCCCAAUACCCCGAUGUUCUAAGAAACGCGGCCAAAACCCACGAACCCUCAACUAUUGUGACUUACCUCUUUAAAUUGACCCACCAGGUCUCUUCCUGCUACGACGUCCUAUGGGUCGCCGGACAGACUAAAGAAACAGCUACCGCCCGUCUAGCUCUAUAUGCCGCAGCAAGACAAGUCCUAAACAACGGCAUGCGUUUGAUAGGUCUGACUCCAGUAGACAGAAUGUAA